UGUGAUUUUAAUUGUGAUUUAAAAAAAACUUUAUAACAAAAACCAAUCGAUAGAAAAGAUGUGCGAAAACAGCGCUUCGUUUUUACACAUCGGAGAUAUGGUCUCUCUCUUCGCCGAAGGAAAUGUGUUGGGAUUCCUCUCCACUCUCGGUCUUGUGGACGACCGGUGUGUGGUUCAGCCCAAUGCCGGCGACCCCUCCAAUCCGCCCAAGAAGUUUAGAGACUGUCUCUUCAAGAUGUGUCCAAUGAAUCGAUAUUCGGCUCAAAAACAGUUCUGGAAAGCGGCCAAACAAUCCAAUAGUCAGACCAAUCGAAGUGAUGCUCUUUUGCUCAAGAAAUUACAUCACGCGGCAGAGCUGGAGAAGAAACAAAAUGAGACAGAAAACAAGAAACUGAUCGGAAGUAUCAUUCAAUACGGAGGUGUUAUACAACUGUUGCAUCUGAAGAGCAACAAGUAUUUGACGGUUAAUAAGAGACUACCGGCUCUAUUGGAGAAGAACUCUAUGCGAGUGUAUUUGGACUCUAAUGGUAACGAAGGAUCAUGGUUCUACAUCGUGCCAUUCUAUAAGCUCAGAUCUACUGGUGAUAAUGUUGUGGUCGGCGACAAAGUUGUGUUAACACCGGUCAACGCGGGCCAACCCCUGCACGCCAGCGGCUAUGACCUGCCGGACAAUCCCGGCUGCAAAGAAGUGAAUGCUGUCAACUGCAACACAUGUUGGAAAAUAUCGUUGUUUAUGGAGUAUAAGGAGAAUAUCGAUGAUGUGCUCAAA